AUGGAACAGCUUGUCAACUUCAUCAUCCGACCACCGAGAGCUGAAUAUGACCCCAAAAGUGAUUUAUUGGAUCAGGAGUUCAUGCUGAAAGGGAAAUGGUACCAACGUAAGGAUGUAGAGAUAAAAAACAGUCGGGGUGAUGUUCUUCAAUGCAGCCAUUACAUACCUAUAGUCAGUCCUGAAGGAAAGCCUCUGCCUUGUGUAAUAUAUUGUCAUGGAAACAGGGCUGAUGCUAGCGAAGCUGCUAUAAUUUUACUUCCCUCAAAUAUCACAGUUUUUACUCUGGAUUUCUCGGGAUCUGGAAUUUCUGGAGGGGAGCAUGUUACUCUAGGCUGGAAUGAAAAGGAUGAUCUGAAGGCUGUGGUCAACUAUCUGCGGGAUGAUGGAAAUGUCUCUUUGAUUGGCCUGUGGGGUCGCUCGAUGGGAGCUGUAACUAGCCUUAUGUAUGGAGCUGAGGAUCCUUCAAUUGCAGGGAUGGUUUUAGACAGUCCCUUUUCUGAUUUGGUUGAUUUGAUGAUGGAACUUGUAGAUACAUAUAAAGUUCGUCUGCCGAAGUUCACUUUGAACAUUCCCCAUUCUGUCCUCGCCUGUAAUGCUGAUUCUCUACUUACCAUUCCCCAACUUCUAUCAGCCUUGGUGAAGUUUGCAAUCCAGUACAUGCGAAGAGCCAUUCAAAAGAAGGCAAAAUUUGACAUAAUGGACCUCAAUACCAUUAAGGUGGCAAAAUCUUGUUUUGUUCCAGCUCUACUUGGGCAUGCCAUUGAGGAUGAUUUUAUACAGCCCCAUCACUCUGACCGGAUAUUUGAGGCUUACAUGGGAGACAAAAACAUAAUUAAAUUUGAGGGAGACCACAAUUCUCCACGUCCUCAGUUUUACUUUGAUUCCAUAAACAUCUUUUUUCACAAUGUUUUGCAACCUCCGGAAGAUGAGGUUGGGGAGUCAUUUUUUGAUCCUGUGAAUGAUUACUUUGGUAAGGAUGUUUGGAGAUCUGUGCAUGAAUUAGGCUACAGCAACGAAUCAUCAUCUAAAAACAAAGGCAUGACUCAAGUACCUAAACCAUCAACAAGCAGUACGAUAAAUGCCAUUGAACAGGUCCGUUCAAGAAGACCAAUGAGUAGAAUGGAGGUUCCAUCUGAUAUUUCUUCGAAAGAUGAAAAUCGUGAACAUGAGGAGAAAUGUGGCGAUCAUUCUCCUACGCCAUCAUCAAUGAUUAGCUUUGAACUGUCAAAUGGUGAUCCUUUUGGACCCCAUGUUCCAGCCACAUUGGAAGAUGAUCAGUACGUUGAAUAUCAGCUAGAUGACCUUGCAGGUUUUCCAUCUACUUCAGAGGAGGAAGAAAGAAUGUUCAUGGAAGCAGUGAUGGAGUCACUGAAGGACAUGGAAGCACGGAAUUCAAACGCAGAACAACCAACAAGUAGCGUUAGUACGGUAUCUGUAGCAGUUGUAGAGCCAUCAGAUAAAUAUGCUUCCUCACAAGAGAAUCCAGGACCUACGGAGACAGAAUCUUCCUCACUCAAACACAGCACAGAUUCAAAAUGCAAAACCACUUCAUCUGCAUUAGAAGAAUGUGAGACAUUGAAAGGCGAGGCAAAUUCCAUUUCAGUGAACCAUUCUCAAAAUGUGGUUUCCAAGUCGAGUGCUGUACGAAGUCUUUCAGCGGAAUCACCACAGUUGCAGCUGCAGCCACCACCACAACCGGGAACAACAGACUCGUUAUCAUUAACCGAGUCCAGCAGCUCAAGCGGUUCUGCUAUUUUGAAAAGUUCAUCAGAUACUGACAUAUCACACAAUACUAAAGCCACGGACAAAUAUUUGCUUUCGGAGAGGUGGCAGAAGCGUCUGUGGAAAGAAGAUCCUGAAGUAAAUGUGUAG